CAAGCGAUGGAGUUCGCGCAGUCCAGGGCGGACGCGAGGAAGGACGCGCAGGUGGACGUCACCUUGGAGGACGUCGGCGGAUUGGAGAACAUCGUCGAGGAUCUCAACGAGGUGAUCGCGUUUCUGAAAAACCCAGAGUCGUUCAAACGCCUCGGCGCGAAGCCGCCGAAAGGGCUGCUCAUGGAGGGCGGGCCCGGGGUCGGGAAGACGCUCAUCGCGAAAGCGAUCGCGGGCGAGGCUGCGGUGCCGUUCUACUCCAUGUCCGGCGCGGAGUUUGUAGAGAUCAUCGUCGGCGUCGGCGCCGCGCGGGUGCGCGACUUAUUCAAACGCGCUCGGCUCAACGCGCCGUGUCUCAUCUUCGUGGACGAGAUCGACGCGCUCGGAACGAAGCGCGCGGCGGCGGGGACGCGAGGGACGGAGGAGCACGAGCAGACGCUGAACCAGCUGUUGACCGAGAUGGACGGGUUCACCCCGGACACCGGGGUCGUUUUCAUAGGCGCGACGAACCGAGCGGACCUCCUCGACCCGGCGCUGAUGCGUCCCGGACGGUUCGAUCGCAAGGUGACCGUCCCGCAGCCUGGGCUGGAGGCGCGCGCGAAGAUUCUUCAGAUUCAUCUCGCAAAGAGGAACGUGGAUCCGAACAUCGACACGAUGCAGUUCGCGAAGAACCUCCCCGGGCUCUCCGGCGCGGAGCUCGCGAACAUCUGCAACGAAGCCGCGACGAUUUCCGUGCGCCGCGGCGGGGAGUUCAUCGAAACCUGCGACGUCAUCGACGCCGUGGACAGGGUCACGAACGGGCUGAAGAAACCGCUGAUGGACAAGAACAAUCCGGUCGUGCACAGGCUCACGAGGCACGAGCUCGGGCACGCGAUCGUCGCGACGGUGUUGUACCGUCACAACAAACUCAUCGAGGCGGUGGAACGCGUGUCGAUCAUCCCGCGCGGGAGAGACCCGACGCAGACGACGUACAACCGAAAAGCGGACGCCGAGUACAUGUUCCCCACGCGCCAGCGUCUCUUAGAGCGCGUCCAGGUCUUGCUCGCCGGGCUCGCCGCGGAGCAGGUGUACUUUGGGACAAACAUCACGACGAUGAGCAAGGAUGACGUCCGAGACGCGAACGAUUUAGUUCGAAACGUCGUCGUGAACUACGCGCUCGGGCAGCCGAACGCGGUGACGACGUACACGUACAACCCGGACUCGCUGUUUACCCCCGAGCGGACGAUUCAGACGCGGAAGUCGAGAGUCGCGAGCACCGGGGAGAUGAACCGUCACGACUACAACCGUAAGAUUCACGGGUACGGAAGAGACGUCGACUUGGAUCAUUAUCAGUACGCAGAGCGGAAGAUGAUGCAGAUCUUAAACGAGGCGUUGGAGAACGCGAAGGCGAUCGUGCGCGCGUACCAGCCCGCGUUCGACGUGGCGUACGAAGAACUUCUGGAGAAUGACGUCAUGAGUGGACCGCGUCUGGAGGAAAUAUUAGACGCGAACCCGCCGUUGACGACGGACUACCCGCACCGGGGACCGGACACGCCGUGUAAAAUUCUCCCCAGCGAGGCGGAGGAGGAAAAGGCGGGCACGCGCGUGAUCAAAAAUCGAGCGCAGAAACUCAAACACGCGAUGGAUAACUACUACACGCACACGAAGUUGGAGCCGG